AUGCUACCAGAUUUAUCGACGAAUAAUGCUUCAGGAAGUGAUAUGAUCAAAUCAUGGUUACCAUGGAAGGUGAAACAAUUAGGAACUUUUACCCUAUUAAAAGAAAAAUAUCCAGGUGAUGGUACGAAAGAUUCACCGUUUACCAUUAAUUGGCUUGAUAAUGAUCCAGAAAAUCCUAAGAAAUGGCCGACUCUCUACAAAUUCUUUCUCAUAUUGAUUACAUGCAACAUAGNGUAUCUUCAAUUACUUAAUUGA